AUGGUUGUCACUGAAUUCACCGCAGCCUCAAAUCGGAAGAAAAUCGAUAUUCAUGCGCAUGUCUUACCACGAGAUAUUCCAAAUUUUGAAAAAAAAUUUGGUUAUGGUGGCUUUGUUCAUUUGGAUCACAAAGACGAUGGAACAACACAUAUGAUUAAAGAUGGGAAAUUGUUUAGGGUUGUUGAGCCGAAUUGCUUUGAUGUGUCGUUGAGAAUUGGGGAUAUGAAUCGCGCACACGUCAAUGUGCAAUGCAUCAGCACUGUGCCUGUCAUGUUCUCUUAUUGGGCCAAACCAGCGGACACCGAAGAGGUGGCCCGUUUCGUGAAUGAUGAUCUAAUGGCGCAAUGUGGAGAGGCACCCGAUCGACUUGUUCCACUCGGCACUUUACCCAUGAAUGAUAUUGAAAGAGCCGUGCAAGGCAUUUGU